AUGCCAUCACGUACAUUAUUCCGCCUCCCCUUUUCACCAUCCUCCUACCACAACUCGAUCAGGAGCUCUUCCCCCACCGCCGGCCUAAUCCGAAACCACGCAUCUUUCACCCUCCUACCAUCCUUACGUCUUCUCCCAGCUUCCACACCAAUAUCAAUUCGAUUCCGUAGCGCAGAGCGAAUCCAAGCUCGACGAUUCCAUGACUACGUCCGUGGACAGACCCCAACGGGCCAGACAUACAAGGUAGACCUCGAUUCGAGAAAGAUCAUCGGAAGGGUCUCUAGCAGGGGGACUAGGCAGUACCAGGAAGAUCGGACCUCGGUCCAUACCCUCACCCUCAACCCAGAGGAUCUCCGAAGGUCGUUGAAGCGGCACGAAGUGGAUUGGAUACCUCCUGGGCUCGAUGGCGGGUCGCCGAAACUGGCAGGCCAAGUAGGAUACUUCGCCAUCUUCGACGGUCACGGCGGCCAACACGUCUCGGAACACCUACACAAACGCCUACACGGCAUGAUCGAAGAGGUCGAUCGAGUGACUAUCGACGAGACGAUCGCUUUUACCAAGAGGCUCGGCGGCUACUUUAAGCGGUUCCGAGGGGGCGCGCUCAGAGAAUGGGUCGGACAUCCGGAUCAUCGGGAUUGGAUGACGCUGGAAGAACGAUUAACUCUGGCCUUCUUGAUGGCGGACCAACUCCUCUUGUCCAGAGAAGAUACGCGGCGGUGUGGGUCGACGGCUUCUCUAGCUCUGCUUCACUCGUUGGAUGACCCCGUCCAGCCUUUCUUUGUCGCCAAUAAGAUCAGCCUUACCACUGCGCACCUCGGAGACACCAAGAUCCUCCUGUGCAACCGACAUACGGGCAAAGUCGAGCCUCUUACGGAGCGGCAUCACGCAGACGCCCGGAUAGAAGCUUCUCGAUUGAGAAGGAUUGGAGGAGGGUUGAUCACGGACAGUUUCGGGGAGAGCCGCUGGAUGGGUGCAGUGGAGAAUACACGAAGUUUCGGAGAUGGCGAAUUCAAGCCAUUAGGCGUGACAGCAGAGCCAGAAAUUCGCCAUCGGGUGAUCAACGGCGCCGAUUACGCCUACAUGGUUUUCGUCACCGACGGCGUCUCCUCCCUGAUCUCGAACCAAGAGAUCAUUGAUCUCGCCCGGAAUGCACACGAUCCGCAUCGAGCCGCGACCACGAUUGUCAAUUUCGCCGAGGACCUAGGCGCGGAGGACAAUUGUAGUUGUAUCGUUGCCCCGCUCGCUGGGUGGGGCAAUGUCGGAGGGACGGACGAGACCGAGGCGAGGCGAGAGUACAGGAGGCGCAAGGUCAGCUCGUUGAGUACGAGGAUGCAGAGGAUGUAG